GACGACCUGUGGCUGUCCGCGCAUCUGGCGAAAAAGCGGAUCAAACGCGAACUACUCGGCCACCGCUUGCGGACGGAGCACAUCGGCUUCGGCUUCGAACCUGAUGCCCUGUAUCUCGGUGGUGCGGGGAGUGGCGAUAACAACGAAAAUUUGUUUCAGUGCUUACAUGGGCUGUCAGCUGCUAUUGG